GAGCAUUCCUAAGCUUAGGAUAGUUGACGUUUACGAUUGUAGAACCGGAAACGUCAGCUCAACCGUCAUGCUACGCUGAAAUGGCUUUCGGUAUACCAGGAGGACUCACUCGGUAUAGAAAUAGCGCGAAUGAUCGCCGCUUUCAUUGUUGCUCUAGCCGACCGACCAAGGACUGAAGUCUGUAAUCGUUUACAAUAUAAGUCUGUAGAUAAAAAAGUUUGUAUUUCACAUUGAGCUACUACCAAGUCCGUCUUCCUAACCGAUGAGACUCCUGGGCGAACGGAGUAUCUGCCCGGGAUGAAAGCUGUUGGGAGACUUUCAGUAGCGUGAACACGAUCACGAAGGGGACCUCAGGGGCGGAAUAUGCGCGUCUCUUAAAAUAGCACCGCACCGUCCCCGCUCCCCGGUGACGCCUUUUCGGGUCGCGUUAGUUCCCUCCGAGAAAUCUAACGGAGGCUACUUCACUCGAUCUGGUCGCUGCAACGUCAUGUAACGAAGUGUCGACAUGCGCGAUAACGACGGGAGCGGAGACUCGUUCAAGAGGCUCUUUAAUACCCGAGAGUGCACUUUCACGGAGACGAUUUAGGGGUCGUACUAAAUCGGGAAAAAGUGUCGCGUGUGCUGCUCCAGCGAUCCGAUCAAGAUACGGGAAGUACAUUAAAAAAAGAAAAGAAAAAAAAAACUGAGAGGGCGUCGGGACGCCGAAAAGAAUUUAAGUAUUAUAAAUAAUUAUUGUGGUGUUGAGAUUUUUUUUUUACAUGAAACUUUGUCACGCAUCCUUUGUCUUCGAUCGAACGGAACUUAUUACGCCGGAUAUAACUAAAUAAAAGUGCUGUUGGUGACCGAAUAUUCUUGGACUGACUGUACAUUGCUCCAAAUUUAUCGCGCUAAUUAUAUACUACAUCUCGGCUGUUGUCGGUUUGUUGCCCCACACGACCGAGGUGGUACUUACCUCAUUUGGAACGUCCUAGAGCAACGUGUGACAAGCAAUCAGCAUUCGGCAAGGAGCUGAUAGCUCGUUGUAUCCUUACCAUUGAAUUACUUGGUACGUUGAUCUCUUGCUAUAUAAUACUAAUCUUUCGGCGUAUCAACACAUGAAUGAAUACCUCGUGCCAUUUAUAACGAGCUGGAAGCAUGGUGCCGCGCGAGGAGUAUCGGUAGCCUGGCGAUCGUCGCGGGAUGUACGGGCGCCCGGACAAUUCUGGAACUACACCACCCUGGCUGGUUCGUGCCGAGGUGACCAUUCGUCACGGGACGCCGGUCACGUCGCCAUCCAGCAAUGUGACAGAAGGUAGCGCCUCGACGGUCACGGAUCCCAAUGGCGUCCGGAUGGUUUAUCGUUGGACUCCUGGACAACAGGUUCCUCAAGCUAGCUCCUCGUCGACGUCCUCGACUUCCAGUGGAUUUGGCUUUCAAAGAGGAAACAUUCUGUUCACUUCGACACCGCCUGCCAGAACUCUAUCCACCAGGUCGUUCACCAUACCACGCACUGGGGUAGCCAGCAACAUCGAGUCACCAGGAUUCAGAGCCAACGUGUCCGACUCCGGGUACAACAGUGAACAAUUUUCGCCGCAGUCUUCCACCACUUUUCCGUCUCGACGACCCUCGCAACAGUACAAUAGAAGAUGCCGGAGCACGUGCAGCAUCGUCCUCUCAACCGUCGGUGCUCAAAAUAACCCAAAACCUUACGUGCCUGCUAAUACGAGUCAGAGUUUCCGCCAACAGCCGGAUUUUCGAGGUGGCAAAGUAUCCUGCAGUGAUCCCUGGUGCUACCACGCCGCUCAUCAGCAUGUCUCGGCGAGAUGUCAAUUCAGCACUGUGCCCGAGGGUUGCGAGGAUUGCGCCGAGGGUAUCGCGUCAGGCUCAAAUGCUUUCACUACGCACUUCUGUACCAGGGUACCUGAAAAGAUGGCGAACAAGGCGACGGUCGUUAGUAGGGACGCUGCCUCACAGACUACGGAUAUCGAAUCCCAAGGGUCCCAGUCAUCUCUUCCUAGAACUAGCAAAGUGUACAGUGCCAGAAGAAAAACUCCUCCUGGUUCUCUGGCAGCGGACGAGCAGAAAAAGAUACAGCAAAUCAAUCAGUUGUCCUGCCCUCCUUCUGCAACCAGGAGUUCCGCUUCAUCCGCGGAACUGGACAAGUCCGACUCCUCUGAGAAGGACGACAACUCCAAACGGAAAUCACGUACUGUACAUAUAGAUGUAUACUGCACUGGAUCCGAUGAUGAUUUAGACGAGAGCAGUGACUCGGACUCGUCCAGUAAUGAGGAAGAUAAGGCAGCCUUACCGGUUUUCGAGUGCGACGAUGUCAGAGUGAUACACACACGUGCCAAGAGCAACGUGCUACCAAGAGGCCUUCAGGACGACAAAGCCUUCCUGAAGCGCAGUGCCGAGAGGCGCUGUGAGAGUUUCAAGAAUGCUCCUAUGAGGAUGCCCUCGCUUGCUAGCUCCAAGGGAUACGAGAGCGACGAUGUCCUCAGCUCGUUGUAUCCAUCGCAGUUCAGUUCUUACAGCGCUCUUCGUGAUUUAGAUUCUAACGCGUGGUCGGCAGCUUCGUCCAGCGUUGGUAUACCUUUCGAGGGAUACGAUUCUACUGCUGCCACUUCCUGCAAGGACACCUUCUCCGAUAUCGAGUCUCUUAUUAACAGCAGAACCAGUCUGACGCCCUGCGACAGUUUCGAGUACGCAAACUCCUCGGAUCGUGAGAGAAUCGACAAGAUGGAGAAUCUCUGGGCACAGAAGGACGGGAUGAGUAAGACCUGGAAGUCGCCGCAUAUAGAACGCAGACAUUUGCUUCAGAAUAAGAAGAUGAAGGAGUAUCUUGAGAAACAUCAGAUCGGCUGGUCAUCCGGGGAGAGUGCAGCUGAGUCGGACGACAGUGCCGAAGUCGGUUGGAGCUUCGUGUCCAGCGACGAGAACACACGUGUUGUUAAACGCGACUCGACUAUUCGUCGUACCAGUAAGGAUAAGAUAGCAGAAACCGAAAGUGCUAAUCUACCUUCGGACGCCGUCAAACAGUCUUCUGAAGUUACUUCAAAGGAACAGGUGGAUUGUGUCAGUCAAAGUGACAGCAGUGCGCAUCCGUUUGUUCUUCGUGAUCAGAUCGGACCCUUUGGCUCGAGAAAUUCAACUCCUCCGCCUUCGAAGGUUGAGUCGAGAGUGACGUCACCGUUCACUACGCCCCAGGGCGAGAAAACUGAACACAUUAUUAAAGCUUCUAUAUUUGGCAUGGUCGUUACUGCCUUCCGGAAGCCGGGACAUCAUAUAGGGCCCUCGAAGAAUCCAUCCUGUUCCUGCGAACAUUGUAGAAGGUUCUUCGACGAGGAAGGUCCUCGAGGUCGUUCGCGCUCUCUUAGCGAACUCGAGCGACGACCGGGCUUCUGGUACAGGAGAGGGAGGGACAUAAUAUCCCCAGCUACCACAACGAGCCUGAAUAAUUAAUGCUGGCACAUAUCAUUUUAUUUCUCAGUUUAAUCGCAUCAAUUGCUUUAGAGAAGACACUUCUCUGUAGAGAUUCCUGUUAUCGUGGAAUCACAUGGAAUUCCAUUUCUCUCUUAUUUUUCUUCUCUCUGCUGCACGUACAAGAAAAUAAUUGUAUCACGAUGUUUGCUGUGCUACUCAACGACAGAGCUACGUUCACACAAAUUCAGAUAAUAUUCCAAAGGCGUAUACAGUUAUUUAUAUUACUAUAGUUACUGUCAAUUAAUCGUUGCUAAGAAACGCUGUUGAACAUUCUGCUGUGUAUACGAGCGCAUUUAUACAAGUUAACAAUAACGAAUUGUACUGUUGAUUAUUUUACUGUUAAUAAAUAAUAAUUAUGUUGAUUAUACUA